UCACUGGGUUAGUUGGUAUUUUUACUGCAACCUUUGCCAUUUUUUCCCCCAUAGUAGCCUCUGGAAGGAUCUCUGUUGUCCUGCAUCCUCCUUGCAAACUCAUUGUUGCUUUUUAUAUGAAUGAGUGUCUUAAUUGCAAGUCUGGUCCCCCCACUCAAAGACAUAAACUGGACAUUAUGAAAAUCUGAAACGUUUUUGCAUAUUUUUUUCCUUAAUAGAUCCAGUGCUAUAGCCUGAAAGCCUGCUGCCUGUUUGGGUUUUCACAGUAUGUUGCUUUUGUUUGAGAGUGAAAACGCAGUUGUGACAUUUGUAUUUAGAACUAGAGAAUGUCUAUAUUAUUAAGCUCUUUUGCAUACAUAGAGCUUUCAUUCAUGCGGGUAUAUUCUUUCAAUACCUUAAAAUUACAUUCUUGAUGACUAUAAAUUUUCAUUCCAGCUUUUUUUCCUUGAAUAAAUAAAAUAUCUCCUCUCUCUUCCCAUAGAACAAUGUGUUCAAUGCAGUAACAGUACUUGUCCAACUAACUCAGUCUUGUCUACUCGUAGCAACUCUCAGGCAGGAGUUUUCCCCAGACCUAUGUAGAAAUGCUGGAAUUGGACUUGCACACAGAUUCUUUUCUUCUCAGAGCUACGUGUGAUAUAUGAAACCUACAGGAGAUGUUGUAAUGACUGUGAAAUUGCACUGAGGACAGAUCUUGCCCCUUCCAUUUUUUUUGUGAUUACUGCUCUUAGUAUUGUGGUGAUUGAUUAUUUUCUACAGUAAGUGGGCUUGUUGCUUUGUCUGGUCCCUUUGUUAAAAAAAAAAAAGAUGUCUGAUCCUGAUGCCCAUCAAGACACUGGUAUCAAGCCAGGCUUGUUGGAAAAAAGCAACAAUUCCGGAGAUUCUCAGCCCUCAGUCAAUUUGGAAAGGAGGAACAAAAGUGGGAUAAUAAGUGAACCUUUGAACAAAAGUCUUAAGAAGUCUCGACCACUUUCCCAUUACUCUGCUUUUGGUAGCACCAGCUCAUUAAGUGAACAUUCAGAGAAAUGUGCCCCUAUGGCCAACAGCAAUGAGGCAAUCAUGGAAAAAAGCAAUUCUACCUCAAAGCACAAAACCAUCUCUGACAUGUUGAACAAAUCAGAUAUUUCUUCGGAAGGACAGAACAUCUUGCAACAGUUUGCUCAGUCCACAGAGCUGCUCAAAAGAGUAGUCCAGGAGCACAUCCCCCUGCCUAAUGACCAUGGGACGGGCAUCUCAGACAUGGAAGCUGUCUCAGCUGCUGAAACAAUGAACAACCCAUCUGAUUUUCCUUACCUGGGGGCUUUUCCCAUCAACCCUGGCCUUUUCAUUAUGACCCCUGCUGGUGUGUUUUUGGCAGAAAGUGCACUCCAUAUGGCUGGCUUAGCAGAGUACCCAAUGCAGAAUGAAUUGGCAUCUGCCAUCAAUUCAGGGAAAAAGAAACGAAAACGAUGUGGCAUGUGCCCGCCUUGCAGAAGACGAAUAAACUGUGAGCAGUGCAGCAGUUGUAGGAACCGUAAAACUGGACACCAGAUUUGCAAAUUCCGAAAAUGUGAAGAACUUAAAAAGAAGCCUUCUGCUGCACUGGAGAAAGUGAUGCUUCCUACAGGUGCUGCAUUCCGAUGGUUUCAGUAGGAACAAGAAUCCCAAAGCUCUAUCCUCCAGUGCAAUGUCACUGCUUGCUUGUGUUGUCUCAGGCAAGGAAUUUUUUGACGGAAAUAAAUGGAUGCGCCUAUGUCUCUUUAGAACCAAAAAUAUUUUCUUGCAGAUUUCAUUCCUGUUUUUUUUAAAAUAUAAUUUUGGCGUUUGUUUAACAUCUUUAAGUACUAGUAAAACAAGCAUUAAUGUUUUCAAAAUAAUUUUUUAAAAGAACCCAUAAAGUAUCAAGAUGUAAUAGAGUAUGGACAAUCAAUCAAUUUGUUUUCCUGUGUUUGGUGUUGAUGUUGUUUAUGUGUGGAAGAUGCAGUUCUUGUGUAGAGAAUGUAAAUUUACAGUAACCUUUUAAACCUAGUUACUAAUAAGCACUACUGUAAUUAGCACAGCAGUUUCUUCAUUUAUCUGAUUGAUUUCCAUCAUUAAAGAAAAAUAGUGUGGCUAGUUUCUAGAAUGCCUCAAUUCAUGUUUAUAAAUGAAAAUAUAUUUAAAAUAAGGUAGUUUCUUUUCCCUAAUUCUACAGAUAAGGUUUAAUCAGCAAGAUGUCUGGUCUUAAAAAAGUGGAAAUAUACUGAAAACUGGCAAUCUUUAAAAGAAAAAAAAAUUAGAACAAAUAAAAUUGCAUACUAGAGUAAACCCAGAACUAAUAGCAAUUAUUCACUUUUAGAAACUAUUUGGAAAUAUUGCUGGAAUUCCAAUAUAAGCUGUUGCAGAACCUGUGCUGAAAAAAAAAUAGAAGUCCUUUAUGUUGAAAACCCUCAUCUCCUGCUUUCUUACCAUCUCUAACUGAAAGGCUGUUUGUAAUGUUCUAGCAAUUCAAGCUAAGCUGUUUUGUGAAUAAAAAUGAAAGCAUGUUUUGUGUCAUGGUUUACAUCUUCAUUAUUCUGUCCAUCUUGGGUGCAUGCAAGGUUGUUUGUUUGGUUGCUUGGGUGGGGGUACCAAAUCUAAAAUGACCUGUUAUAUGUUGUUUUUUCCUAUAAUGUUUUCCAAUGUUUGCCUUUCUUGGCCUGAAAAAUAUUUAAACUGAGGGGUUUUGAUAAUACUUUAGCAUUUUGGUUCUUAUUUUUAAUAUAAGAUAUUAUACAUGUUUAAUAGUACAAAUGACAUGAUUUUAUGUUUCCCUCUGCAAUCUACAUAUGUAAUUGAUUAUCUGAUCAUGUUCCACAAAUAUAUGAUGUACUGAAUCUGGGGUUGGUAUAGCCUUCUUAUCAACUUGGUAAGACAAACAGUUAAACAUUUAAUAAAUAAAAUUUUGUUUUAAUCAGGGUACUCGGUUUUAGAAUUAGAAAUUCACAUAGCAUUUAUGUUGGCAAAUUUAUAGGGACAGAAGAUGUCUUGGGCCUUAAAUCCCAUGAGCUGCAUGUGGCUUCAAAGAGAACUGGGUAUUUGCUUGAAUUAUGCUGCCAGCUACAGCAGUCAGAAUCAGUCAUAGGCAGGAAAUAGGUAGCAUGGUCCAACUUGCUCUAAAAGCCGCUGUCACUGAGCUCCCCCUGGCUGACUUGGGUGUUUGGGUGAAAUCUUCCUCUUUUGUCUUUCCUUGCCACUCCUUUAAUAAAGCAAUCCCUGUUUUAAUUUAGAAAGCACAGGUCACUAGUCACUCAGAGUUGCUAGCCACUCAAAGGAUCAGCCCAUAAUGGUGCAUUUAAAAUUUUCUUUUUUAAUUUUGUAGAAGCAAUCGUUGUACCAAGUACUGAUAAAUUUUACGUUUCAUGAGACAAUGUCAAUAUGUAACAGAUAAUUGUAUUUAAGUUUGUUUUGUCAAUAAAAAAUACUAGGUGGA